AUGGGACGAUCAGAUUUACUGCUUAUUUUAAUGCUUAUUGGUUACCUGGACAUCUCCUCAGCACAGAUCCACACGCUCAACUUGGACCAUCAUAAGCUGAAGCUGACGUGGAUGAUGGACUGGUACCGGAAGGAGGUCCUGUUCCACGCGCAAAACACUUUCCAGCAUGGGCGGUACAAAUUCUUCGCGAUCGGGUUCUCGCCGCGAGGCGAACUCAAGCGAACCGACCUGUGUGUGUUCUCCACCAGCGGGGCGGGAAUGUUUCAUCAGGUGCUGGAUACAUAUACCUCACGAGACUUCAAUCGGCUCUACGCGGACACAACGCAGGACUGUUCGGUGAUGCGAAUCGAUGAAAGCUCGAUUGCUUUCCGGAGAAAGUUCGAUACCUGCGAUCCGCAGGAUGUGGCCAUCCAUGGUGGAACCAUGUAUGUGGUGUGGAUGAGAGGGAAAAAGGAAUUGGAUUUUUCUACCAAUUGGACAGUCAUGCCGACAAUUGGUAAAGCAGAUCGUGGCGUGUUGCCAGUGCAAAUUUUAAGGGCGGAUGUGAUUACAGUUCCGGAGAAAAAGUCAACUGUCAAGAAGGUGGAAAUAGCGUUGAAUCAAGCGAUUAUACCAGCCGUCGAAACCACCUAUUGGUGUAAAGUUCAGCGACUAGAAUCAUGGUUGAUUGCGAAAAAGCAUCACAUUGUACAGUUUGAACCAGUUAUCACGAAUGAGCACGUGGUUCAUCACAUGGAAGUAUUCCAGUGCGUUACUGAUUCAGUUCAGGAUAUACCAAUCUACGAGGGAAGCUGCGCUGAUAUGCCACAAGAGGCGAGGGUUUGUAAUAAAGUUAUGGCCCUCUGGGCCAUGGGAGCUGCAGCUUUUACAUAUCCACACGAGGCGGGUUUGCCGAUUGGCGGGAAGAACUUCAAUCCAUUCGUACGGCUGGAAGUACAUUUCAACAACCCUGGGCUGAAGACAGGCAUCGUCGACAGUUCUGGUAUGCGGAUUAAUGUUAUUUCCAAGUUGCGAAAGUAUGAUGCCGCCAUUAUGGAGCUGGGAUUAGAAUAUACAGACAAGAUGGCGAUUCCACCAGGACAAGUAGCUUAUCCGCUUACCGGUUACUGUAUAGCUGAAUGUACUCAGGUGGCGCUGCCACCAAGUGGUAUCACCGUAUUCGGUUCCCAAUUACAUACUCAUCUGCGAGGUGUUCGUAUUUUUACAAGGCACUUUAGAAAGGGCGUUGAAUUGAAAGAGCUCAAUCGGGAUGACUUUUACUCUCACCACUACCAGGAAAUUCGUCAGCUGCGUUAUCGACCGAAAGUUUUACCGGGUGACGCACUCAUGACGACUUGCUACUACGACACCCGAGGCUAUGAAACCGCAACUCUGGGAGGAUUCUCGAUUAGCGACGAAAUGUGCGUGAACUACAUUCAUUACUAUCCAGCGACGAAGCUAGAACUGUGUAAAAGCGCCAUUUCCGAAAAAUCGCUGUACAACUAUUUUAAAUAUAUGAAAGAAGUGGAACGACAGUCCUCUGUACAACCCGAUGGUGCUCGGUCGGAAAACUAUCAUGGUAUUCAUUGGACAAAAACUCGAGCCGAUCAGUUGUUCGAAUACUAUUUAGAGGAACCACUGAGUAUGCAGUGCAACCGAUCGGACGGCUUACGCUUCGAAGGUUUCGAGUGGGAAGGAGCACCCAUUACCGAGUUUAGUCCACCGCGCAGCACGCUCAAAGAAAAUUGCCCAGUGCCUGCCGAAUUGAAUUGGUUUAAGCCACUUGAGGUGGGAAAGUGUGAUGUUUUUGGAGAGUGCAUUUAUGCGGAGGAGAAAAUCAGAGAAUAA